GCAAUUUUUACACAGAAGAACAAGCUGGUGUCUGACCCACUGGACACGAGGCACUGGCAAGGCUUCCGUCUGGAGGAUUACCUGAUAGGACAGUCCAUUGGCAAGGGCUGCAGCGCUGCUGUGUAUGAAGCCACCAUGCCCACUUUGCCCCAGCACCUAGAGAAGGCCAAGUGUGUUAGCCUUCUAAAAAAAGGCCCGGAUGUCCUCCCAAAGGGAGCAGAUAGGGAGCAGGCCCCGAGAGCCCCAGCCUUUCCCUUUGCCAUCAAGAUGAUGUGGAAUAUCUCGGCAGGUUCCUCCAGUGAAGCCAUCUUAAGCAGAAUGAGCCAGGAGCUGGUCCCAGCAAGCCGGGUGGCCUUGGAUGGAGAGUAUGGAGGCGUUACUUACAGAAGACCCAGAGGCGGUCCCAAGCAGCUUGCCCCACACCCCAACAUCAUCCGGGUUUUCCGCGCCUUCACUUCAUCUGUGCCCCUGCUGCCCGGGGCCCUGGCUGACUAUCCUGAUGUGCUGCCACCCAGCUUCCACCCAGAAGGCCUGGGCCACAGUCGCACACUGUUCCUCGUCAUGAAGAACUACCCCUGUACCCUGCGUCAGUACCUUCAGGAGCACACUCCCAGUCCCCGCCUGGCUACCAUGAUGACCUUGCAGUUACUGGAGGGCGUGGACCACCUGGUUCAGCAGGGCAUUGCCCAUCGGGACCUCAAAUCUGACAACAUACUCGUGGAACUGGACUCAGACAGCUGUCCCUGGCUGGUGAUCUCGGAUUUCGGCUGCUGCCUGGCUGACGAGCACAUCGGCCUGCAGUUGCCUUUCACUAGCUGGUAUGUGGACCUCGGUGGCAACGGUUCCCUGAUGGCCCCUGAGGUGUCCACAGCCCAUCCUGGCCCCAGGACAGUAGUUGACUUCAGCAAGGCUGACACCUGGGCUGUGGGAGCCAUCGCCUAUGAAAUCUUUGGACUUGCCAAUCCCUUCUAUGGCCAAGGCAGAGCCCACCUUGAGAGCCGAAGCUACCAGGAAGCUCAGCUGCCCGAGAUGCCCAAGUCAGUGCCUCCAGAUGCAAGACAGCUGGUGAGGUCACUGCUCCAGCGAGAGGCCAGCAAGAGACCUUCUGCACGUGUGGCUGCAAACGUGCUGCACUUAAGCCUCUGGGGCGAGCAUCUUCUAGCCCUGAAGAAUCUGAAACUGGACAAGAUGAUUGGCUGGCUCCUCCAGCAAUCCGCAGCCACUCUGCUGGCUGACAGGCUGAUGGAGAAGAGCAGUGUGGAAACAAAGCUGCAGAUGCUGUUCCUGGCUAACCUGGAGUGGGAGGCGCUCUGCCAGGCAGCCCUCCUCCUCCGCUCCUGGAGGGCAGUCCCGUGAUGGGUCUGUGCUGCUGUUACUAAAAGACUCUGUGUCAUGGUGUCA